GUAUAUUUACUGUUCCAGGGAUUAUUGACGUUCAGUGAUGUGGCCAUAGACUUCUCUCAGCAGGAGUGGGAAUGUCUGGACCCUGUUCAGAAGACUUUAUACCGGGAUGUGAUGAUGGAAAACUAUAGAAACUUGGUCUCACUGGGCCAUUCCAUUUCUAAGCCAGAUGUAAUUACCUUAUUGGAGCAAGGAAAGGAGCCCUGGAUGGUUGUAAGGGAAGAAACUAGAAGAUGGUGUCCAGAUUUGGAAUCAAGAUAUGAAAUAAUCAGCUCUGGAAAAAUGUACAUUUAUACAAAACAUUCAUCUUUUACUCUACAACACAGAAUUUAUAAUGGAGAGAAACCGUAUGAAUGUAAGGAAUGUGGAAAGGCCUUUAGUCGUCCUACAGACCUUAGAGUACAUCAGGUAAUUCAUACUGGUGAGAAACCAUAUCAAUGUAAGGAAUGUGGCAAGGCUUUUAGUCGUCUUACAGAUCUCAGAGUACAUCAGAGAAUUCAUACUGGUGAGAAACCUUAUGAAUGUGAAGAAUGUGGGAAAGCCUUUAGUCGUGCCUCAAACCUUGCUCAACAUGGAAGAGUUCAUACUGGUGAGAAAUCCUGUGUAUGUAAGGAAUGCGGAAAGGCCUUUAGUGACGUUGGAACACUUAGAAUACAUCAGAGAAUUCAUACUGGUGAGAAACCCUAUGAAUGUAAGGAAUGUGGGAAGGCCUUUAGUCAAGCCUCAAACCUUAUACAACAUGAGAGAAUUCAUACUGGUGAAAAACCCUAUGAAUGUAAAAAUUGUGGGAAGUCCUUUAGUCACGCCUCACAUCUUGUUAGACAUGAGAGAAUUCAUACUGGUGAGAAACCCUAUGAAUGUAAAGAGUGUGGGAAACCUUUUAGGAGUAGCCAUCAACUUACUGUACAUCAUAGAUUUCAUACUGGUGAGAAACCCUAUGAAUGUAAGGCAUGUGGCAAGGCCUUUAGUGUGUAUGGACGACUUACUCGGCAUCAGAGUAUUCAUAGUGGUAAGAAACCCUUUGAAUGUAACAAAUGCAGGAAGUCCUUUAGGCUCAGUUCAAGCCUCAAAGUACAUCAGAGUAUUCAUACUGGUGAGAAACCCUUUGAAUGUAACAAAUGCGGGAAGUCCUUUAGGCUUAGUUCAGUGCUUAAAGUACAUCACAGAAUUCAUACUGGAGAGAGAGCUUAUGGAAUAUAUGAGCUUACACUCAGCCAAGCACGGGAUGGUCCUCGGUGUCACAUCACUGAUUCUACAGGGCGGACCCUCACACACAGGCCUGAGACCUCGGAGAAGAAGAGCUCCGUAGGCCCCUUCUCAGAAUUCGUGGCCCGGUUCCGCCCAGACUCGCCUCCUCCGGACCCCGACCACCACUGCACGCGUCUCCGCCUUAGGUCGGGGCCUCCAGCAUGGCGGAGACCUGCGCCUGCGCAGCCCAGUGCGGGGCCACUCCCAGAAGUCUCCGGGGCUGGGGCUCGGGCUCGGGCUCGGGCUCGGGCUCGGGCGGGGGCGGGCCGCUUCCCUCCCGGACUUAAAAGACCCGAACUCAGCACGUCACCUCCGCCGUUCACAAGGGGACUUCCGUUGCUUGCUGCUUCUCCGUUUCUCUUGGUGCACGCCGCACGUGAGUGGCCCCAUCUGAGGAAGAAGUGCGCGUGGGUCGUGCGGAGAAGACUCUGCGGCCGUAGCCGGAAGCCCGCGGGACGUAUUUAUAGUGAAAUGCGUCUUAGUUGUAUCAAUGCAGUAAAGCUAAAGAAUAUUCAAGGACAGGGAUCAUUGACGUUCAGUGAUGUGGCCAUAGACUUCUCUCGGCAGGAGUGGGAAUACCUGGACCCUAUUCAGAGGGACUUGUACCGGGAUGUGAUGCUGGAGAACUAUAGAAACUUGGUCUCACUGGGCCAUUCCAUUUCUAAGCCAGAUGUAAUUACCUUAUUGGAGCAAGGAAAGGAGCCCUGGAUGGUUUUAAGGGAAGAAACGAGAAGAUGGUGUCCAGAUCUGGAAUCAAGAUAUGAAAUAAUUAUCUCUGGAAAAAUAUACAUAUAUACAGAACAUUCAUCUCUUAUUCUAAAGCACAGAGUUUAUAACGGAGAGAAACCCCAUGAAUGUAAGGAAUGUGGGAAGGCGUUUGGUCGUCCUUCAGACCUUAGAGCACAUCAAAAAAUUCAUACUGGUGAGAAACCGCAUGUAUGUGAGGAAUGUGGCAAGGCCUUUCUUCGUCUUUCAGACCUCAAAGUACAUAACAGAAUUCAUACUGGUGAGAAACCCUAUUAUUGUGAAGAAUGCGGGAAGACCUUUAGUCGUACCUCAAACCUUGCUCAACAUGGAAGAAUUCAUACUGGUGAGAAACCCUAUGAAUGUAAAGAGUGUGGGAAGACUUUUAGGACUAACCAUGAACUUAUUGUACAUCAUAGACUUCAUACUGGUGAGAAACCCUAUGAAUGUAAGGAAUGUGGCAAGGCCUUUAGUGUGCGUGGACGACUUAUUCAGCAUCAGAGUAUUCAUAGUGGUAAGAAACCCUUUGAAUGUAACAAAUGCAGGAAGUCCUUUAGGCUCAUUUCAACCCUCAAAGUACAUCAGAAUAUUCAUACUGGUGAGAAACCCUUUGAAUGUAACAAAUGUGGGAAGUCCUUUAGGUUUAGUUCAGUGCCCAAAGUACAUCACAGAAUUCAUACUGGAGAGAGACCUUACGGAAUAUAUGAAUGUGGGAAGGCCUUUAGUCAACAUACGGACCUUACAGUACAUCAGAGAAUUCAUACUGGAGAGAAACCCUAUGAACGUAGGCAAUGUGGAAAGGCCUUUACUCGUGCAUCCAACCUUCUGCAACAUCAGAGAAUUCAUACUGGUGAAAAACCCUAUAAAUGUGAGGAAUGUGGAAUGACCUUUAGUCGUAGAAUAGAUCUUAUAGUUCAUCAGAGAAUUCAUACUGGUGAGAAAUCCUAUGAAUGGAAGGAAUGUGGGAAGGCCUUUAGUCAAGCCUCUCACCUUGUGCAACAUGACAGAAUUCGUACUGGUGAAAAACCCUAUGGAUGCCAUGAAUGUGGGAUGACCUUUAGUCGUGUUAUAGAGCUUAGAAAACAUCGUAGAAUUCAUACUGGGGAGAAACCAUACAAAUGUAAGGAAUGUGGGAAGGCCUUUAGUUGUGCCUCAAAUCUUGUUCAGCAUGAGAGAAUUCAUACUGGGGAGAAACCCUAUGAAUGUAAGGAAUGUGUGAUGACUUUUAGUUGUGGCUAUCAACUCAUUCCACAUCAGAGAAUGCAUAUUGGCAUGAAACCCUGUAAAUGUAAAGAAUGUGGAAAGACCUUUAGUCAUGCUUCAGCACUUAUUCGACAUGAAAGAAUUCAUACUGAGAAACCCUAUAAAUGUAAAGAAUGUGGGAAGGCCUUUAUUCAUGGUGGAAGCCUAAGAAUGCAUCACAGAAUUCAUACUGGUGAGAAGCCCUAUGAAUGUAAAGAAUAUGGGAAGGCCUUUUGUCUUACCUCAAACCUUGUUAGGCAUGAGAGAAUUCAUACUGGUGAGAAACCAUAAGAAUGUAAGGAAUGUUGGAAGGCCUUUAGUCAUGUUGAAAGCCUUAGAAUGCAUCAUAGAAUUCACACUGGUGAGAAACCCCAUGAAUGUAACGAAUGUGGGGAGGCUUUUAUUAGUGGCCAUCAACUAAUUGUACAUCAUAGAUAUCAUACUGGUGAGAAACCCUAUGAAUGUAAGGAAUGUGGGAAGGCCUUUAGUGUGUAUGGACGACUUACUCGACAUCAGAGUAUUCACAAUGGUGAGAAACCCUUUGAAUGUAACAAAUGCGGGAAGUCCUUUAGGCUUAGUUCAAGGCUUAAAGUACACAGAAUUCAUACUGAAGAGAAGCGUUAUGAAUGUAAGGACUGUGGAAGGGCAUGUGUUGCAGUAGACAAUGUACAGUACAUCACUGGAUUUAUAACACUGAGAAACAAUUUGAGUGCAAAGAAUGUGGGAACACUUUUAGAUAUAGUUGAGUUCUUAUAAGGCAUUAAAUAAUUUAUACUGGUGAGAAUCCCUCGCAAUG